AUGUGCACUGGCCAGAGAGGAUUCUAUAUCUGCCCUUGCAGAAAUACACAAUGCCCAAAACGAGGUGUCGUUCCUCAGAGGCUUAUAACUCAAGGUCAUGUCUGCAGGAUCGAAAUUGACACGAUUGCAUGGGACAUUUGUGACUGGUGGAUUGUCAACGGACCCCCUGAGCAAGUUCUUAAUCGCUAUCUCAAGCCCAGCUGCCAACACUUUACGUGGCACACUCUCAUGAUUCCAUCGUCGCUUUGCUCGGACUGCCAAAUUACGUGUACAGAGACGAAGGACGCUAAGGAAGAGAGCAGCAACAGUGACAAGAAAGCAUCACGAAAGGCAAAGGGCAAGACACUUAAGUAG